AUGAUCAAACGAAGUCCCAAUCCCAAAGGAAUGAAUCGCAUGAAAGAGAAUCUUUUAUUUAUCCUACUUGCUGGAGUCAUGGCUCUACCGGGUUGCCAGGUCAAAACCAAGCCACUCAACAUUGUCUUUAUUUAUUGCGACCAAAUGAAUCCCAGGGCCAUGGGAUGGACGGGCCAAAUGGAGGUAAAAACUCCGCACCUGGAUGAUUUUUCGCAGAUGAGCUAUUGUUUUACCAACGCUUAUUGUCCCAGUCCGGUUUGUGCUCCGGCCAGGCAUUCCCUUUACACCGGAGUAUAUCCUUCCCGUCACUGGGUACUGAAGAACGACAUGAAGAUGAAUGAGGAAUACACCACCAUUAUGGCCAUGAUGAAUGAUCAAGGAUAUACCACCGCCAACAUCGGUAAAAUGCAUAAUGCACCGUACCACCACCGCCGCGAUUUUCAAUAUGUUUUAAACAACGAAUUCUUUGUGGGAGCUGCCGGUAUUUCCCACUACGAUGCCUAUCUACGCUCAGAGUUUACAAAGAGAGGAAUCGACGACUACAAGCCCUACGGACACGUGCCUGAAGACAAGGUUUGGCUUCAGAUAAAGGAAGGUAUUGCCGCCGUAAAUCCGCUGCCGGAAGAACUGACUCCCGAAUCCUGGAUGACUCGUGAGGCGCUUAAUUUCAUGGAUGACCAAAAGGCCAACCGAUCCGACAAUCCCUUCUUCCUGCACUUGUCCUACUUCCCACCCCAUCAUCCGUAUAUGCCUAUCAAAAAGUAUGCGGACAUGUACCUUAAAAAUUGGGAUGAGCUGGAGCUUCCGCCCAAUUACGAUCAUGAAAGACUGCAACGAUGGUGCAAAGCCAGCUCGAUGCGGCCCGACUCCCUUUCCGUGGACGAUGUGAAAUAUAUUCGGUCACACUAUUUUGGGUUUAUGAGCCAGCUGGAUGCUGCUUUGGGAGAUCUAAUCGCCGGGAUGAGGGAACGAGACAUGCUCGACAAUACCAUCAUCGUUUUCACUGCCGACCAUGGAGACAACCUGGGCGAGCAUGGGCAAUUCUAUAAAGGCACUAUGCAUGAAGGCUCUGCGAGAGUGCCAUUGAUGGUAUACUGGCCUGGUCAUGAGCUUUCUGACAGGAAGAUCAUAGACGAUAAUGUAUCCCAAAUGGAUCUGGUUCCGACCCUUCUCAGUGCCGCUGAUAUUAAACCACCGGAUUACUUUGCCGGAAAAAAUAUGCUACCACUAAUGAGGGGUGAAGAAUCCUGGGAAGACCAUUCGGUAUAUGCUGAAUACUAUUCACAGAAUAGGGAACCAAGCCAGCUAAUGUUGCGCAAGGGGGACUAUAAGUUCAUAUACGACUCUGAUACCGAAAGUGGGGCCUGGGAGACCUAUUUCUAUAAUAUUAAGGAAGAUCCAUGGGAAAUGAAUGAUGUAACGAAUGAUUCGGAGAAUGCCGAUAUACUGCUGGAUUAUCAAGAUGAACUGAUGAAUAACUACUGGGUCAGCAUGCAAGGACACGCUCCACCUGAAAUGCCGGAAAUUGUAUCCAGGGUAACCUAUGAUAUUAACUGGCCUGCUAAUCCCUGGAAACCAGUUAAAAUCAAAAAACAAGAAAAAUAA